UAUCUCAAAAUCAACUCCAGUCCAUCAAUCAUCUGAAAUCUUUUGGAUGAGCCACAGGAGAAUAAAUUAACAAAGCCAUGUAUUUUUUUUUAACAGCUUUAUUGAAAUACAGAUCACAUACCAUAUAAUUCACCCAGCUAAACUGUUUGUUUCAGUGGGUUUUAGCAUAUUCACAGAGUUGUGCAGCCAUUAGCACAAUCAAUUCUAGAAUUUUUUUUUUUUUUUUUUUUUGUGGUAUGCGGGCCUCUCCCUGUUGUGGCCUCUCCCGUUGCGGAGCACAGGCUCCGGACGCACAGGCUCAGCGGCCAUGGCUCACGGGCCCAGCCGCUCCGCAGCAUGUGGGAUCUUCCCGGACCGGGGCACGAACCCGCGCCCCCUGCAUCGGCAGGCAGACUCUCAACCACUGCGCCACCAGGGAAGCCCCAAUUCUAGAAUAUUUUAAUCACCUCAAAAAGAAACUAUAUACCUCUUAGCAGUCACUGUAUUCCUCCAAACAUCCUUGUUUCAGAAAACUGCUAAACUACUUUCUACCUCUAUCGAUUGGCCUAAUUCGGAACAUAUAUGUGUUAAACAGACUUUAAAUGUGAUCUUGAGUUCUGAGUUUGGAAACGCCAGUGUUAUACAGGCCUACCUCUUAGGCAGAAUGCCUGGGUGAAUAAAUCACUUACUUUUUCCUCUUAGGUUUCCUAUCACUUACAGAAGUGUAAUGAUACUUACAACACAGGGUUAAUUCUCAGUUCAUGUUGAUUAAGCAAUUCUGUAAAUUUCAGCCAUUUAGCAGGAAGUGGAAUGGUGACAUAUCAAAAACCUCCUCCUGCCUGUGGUCUCUCAACCCUCCUUAUCCCCUUGUUUAAUGUGGCUUCGAACAUCAGAGAAAUUCAUCGUUGAACAAAGCUAAUGUUCUCUUGAUUAGAUUAAUUAUACAAAUGAAAUACACAUUAUUCUUAACCCUUUUUUAAACCAGUAGUUUAGAUCUCUACCCCCUCUUAGCUUUUAAUCAGAAUUCCAGUUCUGUACAAGUAACAACUUCCCUUCUGUGUUUCUCUCCCCUUCCUUCCUGUAUUUAAUUUCUGGUAGUGUGCUAAUGACCACUGUGUGAGCCAAAAUUCUGGCAGUAAAUAGGGGGAAAAAAGAGAAGGGAAGAUGGCAUAUGUGGAAGGUUAUACUCAGGUUUUCUCACAGCGGAUAAGAUAUAGGAUCUCAGACUCUGGACCCAAACAGACUUGGGUUUGAAUCCCGUUACUUCCUAGCUGGAUGACCUUACAUAAGUCACUUCUGUGCCUCAGUUUCCUCAUCUUAAAAAUGGGGACAGUAACACCUACCUCAUGGGGUUUUUCUGGGAAUUAAAAGCGUUAGAACAGUGAGAGUACUCGGCACACUGCCUGAUACAGAGCAAGAACCCAACGUAGGUUGUCACUGCUGUGAUGACAAUGUCACAGCCAACAGCCUGCUUGCAGAGACCCGAAAAACCAAGGAAGAGGUUAAGUAGUAAUCACACGAUUGGUGAAUUGCCUUAAGAUUUGUGUGAAGCAUUUUCACGUGCAUCAGCUCCUUUAAAGGCUUAAAGGGCUGCCCUUUGUAAACAGCAUUUUAUGAUUAUGUGCAGAUUGUACCCAGAGGAGGUUUGGAAGUUAACCAGGCAAUGUGGUCUGUAGACCCCAAAGAGAAAGAAGGUCGGGGGACUUUCCAUCUUGGCAGAAGAGGACUUGGACUGAGGGUAGGAAGGAGGUCACUGGGGUCCACAUUGCCUAUUCCUUGCUGUCUCAGGAGGAGAGCUCCGCAGGAGGCAGGACGAUAGGAUGGCUGAGAGCCCAGCCUCAAGCACCAGACUGCCUGGGGCUGAAGCCUGCCUUGUUGCUUCUUGCUUCUCACUUACGUCAUCUGAGCAGUGGGAUAAUAAUGCACCCACUUCCCCGAGCUGUGAUGAGCAUUAAAUGAGCUAGUCUGCGGAGGAUGUGCCACUGGUACGGAAUAAGCACUAGGUAAGUAUUAGCUCAGGAUUCCUGCACUCCAGUAAAAUGGGUUGGCCGCAGUGUGAUAGGAGAACUUAUGCAUUGCUUUGCUAGACAUUUCCACCUAGAUGCCCCAUAGGCAUCUGAAACUCGGCAUGUGCAAAGCUGAACUCAUCACUUUUCCCCAUAAUCUGCCUUUCAACUGGAGCUUCCGACUUCCAUGAGUCCACAUCCACCAGGCUCCUUCUCUCCCUCCGCUCCUGCACAGACAGUCAUACACCGAGACUAUUCAGUUUAGCUCCUUGAAAUUUCCCCCGUCUGUCUCAUCCUGCUGUCCCCACGAUCGUAGCCUCAGCUCACCAUCUCUUCCCUGUCUGUACAGUGUCUCCUAACCUUGUAGACACUAGUCUCAGUCUGGCUCCAGUCCUCAGUCCAUUCUUCCUGAGGCUGCCACGGGGACCUUCUAAAAUGCAAAACUGGUGGUCUCUCCCCACCUUAAAACCCUUCCUUGACUCCCUAGUACCCACCGGAUGAAGUCCAGCUCCAUCACAUAGCACAGCAAGUCCUUCAAGAUGUGGCCCUGACUAACUGCCCUACAGCAUCUCCUGCCCUCUCUCACCCCACGUCCUUCACUCCAGCCCUUCCGAGCUAGUGACGGUUCCCAGGAUGCCCCCAUGUCAUUGCAUCAGCACCCUGCAUGCCUGGGAUGCUCGUUUCCUACUGGCCCAUAAAGCCAUUGGAGCAGAGAUCAAGGUUGACUGGUACCUCUAGUCCUAGCCCCUGGCCAGUGCCACUGUCCUGAGCACAUGCCAGCAACCAAGCAAGUGAAUUCUCCUGGACAAGUCUUUUAAAGGGCUGUGAGGACUGUGCAUCUAGAGCUCGCAUCUCUUGAGCGUUUGCUGUCAAAGUGCAUUUGCACGUAUUACUUCAUUUAUCCUCUAACAGCCCAUGACAGAGGUACAGUUGACCCUCCGUGUCUGCAGGUUCCACGUCUGCCUAUUCAACCACAGAUCAAAAGUAUUCAGAAAAAAAAUUCCAGAAAGUUCCCAAAAGCAGAACUUGAAUUUGACCUGCACUGACAACUAUUUACAUAGCAUUUACAUAUGUAAGAUAUCACAGGUAAUCUCGAGACGAUUUAAAGUACGUGGGAGGAGAUACGUAGGUUAUAUGCAAAUACUGUGCCGAUUUAUAUAAGAGACUUGAGCAUCCACAGAGUUCAGUAUCCGCAGGGGGUCCAAUCCCCCAAGGAUACUGACUAUACUACCACCAUUAAUAGCAUUCACUUCCCUAGGGCAGAGAGAAAUUAAAUAACCUGCCCGAGGUCCCAGAACCGGGAAGUAGCAGGGCCAGAACUUGAACUCGGCUCUCUCUCACCCCAAAUCAACUACUCUAUCAUGCCUCCACCUCCCAGUAUAUCAAGCUCUUGAGGGAAAAUGAAGGAUUUACACCUUUUCCCAAAGCUCAGUUUCUAGAACCUUGUAGGAAACCAGGAUGUGUAGCCCAUGCAGGAGAGGAAUCCCCGAGGCCAUCCCAAAGGCAGGAGAGGCUCCUGGCUGGAGAGCUUGUUAUGACAAUAGAAGUUUGUGGUUUGCAAAUGGUGUUUUGAAAGGUAUUUGGGAUUAAAGUGAAACAACAAAAUCACUGAAAAUGAUUUACAGUUUAAGACUCUCAAGGUUUCAUGUUUCCAGAAAAGCCAACAGAGCUGUUCCAUGGUGCAUAUUAAAUUGUCUUCCUAUUCACCCUCCCAAACUUCAUCUUGGCCUUGUGCAAUCUCUCUAUUAAAGGGGCAUUGUUUCAUGAUUUAUUAUACAAGUCAAACCAGCCUUGCCAUUGCUUCACCCACUUACUAACAACUGUAACAUCAGACCCAGCCUGGUGCAAAAACCACAGACACUGCGUGUGAAAACUCCUGGGACAGUAAAACUUACACCUUCAGGGGAAGCAAAUUAUUCACCUGGAAUUUAAGGUGAUCUGUUUCCUCCUAACUGAGCCAGGGAAGCAUUCCAAGAAUGUUUGUAAUCUGCUUAUCACUCCCCACUUUGCCACGCUCUUGUCCAAGAAUGCACAAGAACACUAAGUUGUGUGUGUGCUGAAGAGCUCCUGAAAUUAAAUCCUCACACCCACAGGUGCUGCCACCACUCUGCUGCCACUGGACUUUCACUUGUGAUGGUUCUGUGGAGCAGCGGAAAUUGUCGGUGUUUUCUUUUUAACUUAGCAUUGAAGGAAACCCCACUUGCCAACGCGGCGUUCUGGGCAGCGAGGAGGGGCAACUUGGCUCUGCUCAGGCUGCUGCUGAACAGUGGCCGAGUGGACGUGGACUGCAGGGACAGUAAUGGCACAACACUCCUCAUGAUCGCCUCCUAUGCUGGCCACAUAGGCUGUGUGAAGGAGCUCGUCCUGCAGGGGGCUGACAUCAAUCUCCAGAGAGAGUCAGGUACAACUGCCCUGUUCUUUGCUGCUCAACAAGGACAUAAUGAUGUUGUGAGAUUUCUCUUUGAAUUUGGAGCAUCCACUGAAUUUAGGACCAAAGACGGGGGCACUGCCCUUCUGGCCGCCAGUCAGUAUGGGCACAUGAAGGUGGUGGAGACCUUGCUGAAGCACGGAGCCAACAUCCAUGACCAACUUUAUGAUGGAGCCACCGCACUCUUCCUAGCUGCCCAAGGUGGUUAUUUGGAUGUGAUUCGAUUACUGUUGUCCUCAGGAGCAAAGGUCAACCAGCCGAGGCAGGACGGCACGGCGCCGCUGUGGAUCGCGUCGCAGAUGGGCCACAGCGAGGUGGUACGUGUGAUGCUGCUGCGCGGAGCCGACCGCGACGCCGCCCGCCACGAUGGUACAACAGCAUUACUGAAGGCAGCCAACAAAGGGUAUAAUGAUGUCAUAAAAGAGUUGCUGAAAUUCUCACCCACCCUCGGUAUUUUGAAGAAUGGGACCUCAGCACUCCAUGUGGCAGUGCUCAGCGGAAAUAUUAAGGCAGUCGCGCUGCUCCUGGAAGCAGGGGCAGAUCCAGCCCUGAGAAACAAGGCCAAUGAACUUCCGGCAGAACUAACCAAAAAUGAACGUAUAUUGCAUCUCCUCCGAAGUAAAGAAGGACACAGGAAGAGCUAACUUAGUUUCAUAUUCGACUGAAAGAUAGAAACCUUAAUCAUAUUGUCCAAAAAGAAAUUGCUUUUCAAAUAGUGUUGGAAAUUCCUAGAAGAAAGAAAACGCCCAGAAUGCCCACGCUGGGUCCCUGACCAAGAAGAGCUGUGCUUUGUGCCCUGAGUCAAAAGCAGAGCAGCUCAGGGACCCCUUCCUCUCAUGUAGUGGGCUUCUCACACUGGCCUGUAGCCCCACUCCAGGGGGCCUGGCAUGUUCGUGGAGUCCACAGAAACUCGUUUUAAACUACAUCAACUUGGGUCUUUCAGUUAAACUCUAAGAUAGAGUUAAACCCUCUGUCUUAAAAAUAGAAACAGAAAGGAAGCAGAAAGCUUUGUUCCUUUAAAAAGACUGAAAGUCUGACCUUCAGUGAAUUGGUGCACUUUUGCUUUUGUGUUAAAUGUAUGUGUGCUCAAAGAUAUGGCUCCAUCGUACUUUACAUAUAUUUGUAUGUCAUUCCAGUGUAAAAUGUUCUCCUCUAUGAAUCAAUAAUGUAUAAAGUUACAUUAUUGAAAAGCCACUUCUGACAUUCCACCAUGUGCUUUUCAAAGAUGGACUGUUGAACUAUAAAAAAAAGAAAAAUUGUUCAUUUUUACCUGGAGUCAAUGUUGUAGGUAUGAUAGGAUACAAGUGGCAAAUUUGGAAAUUCAGAAAAUUACAAACCACAAGAAAUGUAGGCUUGUCUCUUUGAACCAUUACUUUGGGUCUAUUGCUGGGAAUCUAUUUCCUGUGCCGUAACUAAGUAGACUUAAUAUGCUGUGGAAUCUUGAGCUUCCAACACCAAUUGCUUGAUACAAUGACUUCGGAGUCCUUGGAUAAAAUGUGAUAUAAUAUGUUGUUAUUACUAUUGCAGAAGUAUAAGUAAUAAAAGACUGUUACUAGUAUUUAAUAAGUGUUCAUCUGUGCGUGUUUUUGGGUUGAUUGAUUCCAAGAAAGAAACCUGGGUUUUGUUGAAUUAUUCCUUUGAAGGGGGUCAAAAUUUAUACUCGAUGCACUUUAUGAUCAAUGGUGUCUAAAUGCCUCAGUCAGUGCCUAACUGCGCACACAAAAAUUAAACCUUCUUUCUAUAAUCUACCAUAAUAAACACUGGUGGCAUUUUUUAUUUAAACACAUCUUUAGUUUUCUUGUUCAUGUUCUGCUCUGGUUUCCAGCCAAUGUUCUAUGUUAAGAUGGAGGGAAAUGUUCUAAACCGUAUAUAUAUAUAUAUUUUUUUUAACCAACUUGCAGUGGUGGUACUAAAAGUAUUAUCUUUAUGUCAGUAAAUGAGUUAUAAUUUUGAAAUUAGAAGAUAUUCUCUUAAAGUUUGUUAUGAUCAGUAAAACAAUCAAUCAACAAAGAUCAGCUUAUUUUAAUCCAUGUCACAAGCAAAGCCAGGGAUGAGCAACCCACAGGGCCCCCAGAGAGGGGGCCGACCACCCAGGCAACAAGCCUGCAAUCUAAUUUCUGGAUUAAAAUAUUAGAAAGCUGUCUGUAUUGCUAAGACAUCCAGAUAUAAACAUUUUAGUAGUUAAAAAGCAGUGCCCAUCUCCACGCUGGCUUUCUUUUAUUCAACAAAGUUGUACAAAUACAUCUUCUUUUAUGGGAAUUUCAUAAAGCUAUAUUCAUUUUGAAGAGGAAGAUAAUGUGGCCUGAAGUGCUUUCUUUUUUUCCCCCAACCAAAAAAAAAAAAAAAAGGUUGCUCAUCACUGAUAUAAAUCAAAACAGUAUAAUGGGUGCUGAUAACAAAGUUCCAAAAGACAAAAUGGGAUGAAAUGACAAACUUAAUGUUGACAAACUUAAUGUUUUUCACGAGAGCAUGUUGUCCUGGGCCUAUUUGUUAGAUCCUUUAAAAUGGAUAAUGUUCUUGACCAAUAUUAGGGGCAUAAAGAAUGAAUUCAGUAGCUUUAACAAUAUUGAAAGGAGGCCUUCUUAACUGUAGGUAAGAGGUCUCUAGCUUAGAAGGAUCACAUUUAGUCUAAAUGAGUCUAAAUAUUAUCCAUAGCAGGGAAGAAGAUUGUAUUAAUCCCUCACCAAAGACUGAACAAAAGUUCUGUUAUUUAAAAUUAAAUUGCAUUUUUAACUUUUUUUAAUAAAGUUAAAUUGCAUUUAUUUUGCA